CAGGAUCAGCAUCCACCAUCAGUCAAGGUCGCAAGUGCAAGGCAUCAUGGGACGAUGACGUCACGCCAUCACUCCUCAGCCCUCUCCACCUGCGCAUGCGUGCCCCCACCCCCACCCACUCUCGGUCACGCUAGUUGACCGAGGAACAAUAAAGCUAUACUGUGCGUGGGUCCCUAAUAAAGUGACCAAAGCAGAGGGCUCCAUGCGUGCAUGCGGCGGCCACCGUAGGACAUGGCGGCCAGCGACGACGGUGCGCGCGCAUGGACGUCAGCGGCGCCGUUGGGGGCGGGGCCACGUCACGACAUCAUUUUUUGUAAUUUAUUCCCCCCCCCUUCCUCGCAGUUUUACCAUACAUCCCCAAAACAAGACGAAGAAAUAGGUCGUGGACGUGCUGCGCGAACAUCUCUUGAGGCUCGAGCUUCUCCACGCACAGCGGUGAGCGCAGACGGGCGGCUCCGAAGCGCCACCUGAGGAACGUGAUCGUCUGCACGUCAGGUUUUGCUCGUCUUCGGCCUUCCAAAUAAUAAUAAUAAUAAUAACAAUAGGUGGAAGACGAUGGAAGGACAGGGCAAGCAGGUGACAGGCUACCUCCUGUUCUCCCUGACCACGGCCGUCAUCGGCUCGCUGCAGUUCGGCUUCAACACGGGCGUCAUCAACGCACCCGAACAGAAACUGCGCUCGUUCUUCAAUGACACGUGGUUGGAGCGUUACGGCGAGCCGAUCGGCCCGGGCGUUUGCACUGUGGUCUGGAGCGUCACCGUCGCCAUCUUUAGCGUGGGCGGCAUGGUGGGAUCCUUCAGCGUGGGCGUCAUGGCCGACCGAUUUGGCAGGAAACGCUCCAUGUUCCUGGUCAACAUCCUGGCGGUGAUCGGCGGCCUCCUGAUGGGUUUUUCCACCGUGUGCUCGUCGUACGAGAUGGUCAUCGCCGGCCGGCUGGUCAUCGGCCUCUUUUGUGGCCUCUUCACGGGCUUGACGCCCAUGUACGUGGGCGAGGUGUCGCCCACCCCGCUCAGGGGGGCCUUCGGAACCUUGCACCAGCUGGGCGUGGUCGUCGGCAUCCUCAUCGCUCAGAUCUUGGGCCUGGAGUCGUUGCUGGGCUCGUCGCGUCUGUGGCCCGUGCUGCUGGCGCUGACGGUGGCGCCGGCCGUGCUGCAGUGCGUCCUGCUGCCCUUCUGCCCCGAGAGCCCCCGCUUCCUCCUCAUCAACCUCAAGCAGGAGGAGGAGGCGCGCAAAGCGUUGGUGCGCCUGCGCGGCAGCGAGGACGUGAGCGGCGACCUUCAGGAAAUGAAAGAGGAGAGCAGCAAGAUGGCGCUGGAGAAGAAGGUGACCAUCCCCGAGCUCUUCCGCUGCGCGGCGUACCGCCAGCCGCUGCUCAUCGCCGUCAUGCUGCAGCUGUCGCAGCAGCUGUCCGGCAUCAACGCCGUGUUCUACUACUCCACGGGCAUCUUCGAGUCGGCCGGCGUCCAGCAGCCCGUCUACGCCACCAUCGGCGCCGGCGUCGUCAACACCGUCUUCACCGUCGUCUCGCUGUUCCUGGUGGAGAAGGCGGGCCGCAGGACGCUCCACCUGCUGGGCCUGGGCGGCAUGGCGCUGGCCGCUCUGCUCAUGACCAUCACGCUGCUGCAGAAGGAGCUGGCGGGCAUGAGCUACGUGGCCAUCCUGGCCGUCAUGGUGUUCGUGGCCAUGUUCGAGCUGGGCCCGGGCCCCAUCCCGUGGUUCAUCGUGGCCGAGCUCUUCUCGCAGGGCCCGCGGCCCGCCGCCAUGGCCGUGGCCGGCUGCUGCAACUGGACCUCCAACUUCCUGGUGGGCAUCAGCUUCCCCAAACUUGAGGAAUUGUGCGGUCCGUGGGUCUUCCUCAUCUUCACCGCCUUCCUCAUCCUCUUCUUCGUGUUCACCUUCCUCAAAGUCCCGGAGACCAAAGGCAAAACCUUCGACGAGAUCGCCCGCAGUUUCGGCGGGGGCGGCGCCCCGCCCGCCUCGUCCCCAGGAGACGCCCGUCCUUGCCCCCCCGUGGGUGCCGACGGCGCCGCCCCGGCCGACGCCUCCCCGGCCAAGGAGGACGAGAAGGAGAAGGAGAAGGUCCCCUUGGUGGAAAAGGAGAAGGUCCCUCUGGCGGAGAAGGGCGCCGGCGACAACACCGAGAUGGUGUCCCUCAGGGAAGCAUCCAUUGUUAUGGAGAGCGUUUAACUUUGUCCAGGAACGAGAGGAUUUCACCACCCCCUCCAAAAACAAAACAAAACAAAAGCCCCAAAAAGCCAACUUGGUUGAAAUCCUCGCGUCCUUUGGCUGUUGCGUGCAUUCAAUCGACAUUCCGACCGAAGUCGGUCGCGCUCGUGAUGGUUGGUCGCCGCGACGACCCAGCGCUUGGCCAGGGGGCGUGGCCUUCUCUUUGGUGUGUGUAACUUUGUAAGCUUAAUGUAGCCACGAGCUGGCACAGGGGCGGGCGAACGGUACGCAAAUGCUCCCUUCCCGUUUUUCACGCAGCCCAUCGAAAGUCUUGUCGUAUAAAUAUUCAUUUCGCCAUUUUUUUCCCUCCUAAAAUUGCGUAUUAUAUUUAUAUGUAUAUAUUUAUCUCAUUAAAUAAUCAAUUAAUUUAGUUAUUUUUUGUAUUUUAUUCAAUAAUUGGUUCAUUUAAAUAUUGGAACUGAUAAAACUCAAAAAAUCAAUAGUAUUUGAAAAUAUUUAAUGUUUUAUUAAAUAAUUGCUCCAUUGACUGGAAAUAAUUAAAACAAUUUUAUUGUACUUUUUUAUUACUAGUUGCUUCAUUGAUUUAUUGAAAAAUCAUUCGAGAAAAUUAGGUUCAUUGUUUUCUAGUUUUUAAUAAAUACUUGAUUAACUCACACUUACAAUAUUUAUUUUUUAAUAAUAAAAAAUUCUCAUCAGUUUUAUCAUUUAUAAUUAGUUGAAUUAACCAAUUAGUCAGUAAAUAGAAAUGGAUGUGUAUUUAUCAUCAUAUUGACUGCACAGAGGUCAAAUUUAACUUAAACCAAUCCACAGGCUCAUUUUGACUUAUGCAGAAAACAGAAGAACAAAAAUUAUUAGCUUCUGAUGGCAUGUGACCUGUAACGAGUUUAUUUUAAUAAUAGAAUAAUUCAUCCCGAUUGACAUUUUAUUCAGCCGAACCUUAUUUCGAUGCACAUUUUAAGUUGCAAAAGUGUUCUUGCCCGCCCCCGCGCUAAUGCUAACAAAUGUGUGCUUGCUUGGUGCUGUUACCACGGCAACCGUCCACCACGACAGUGUUGCAGCUUCCGGGAAAAGAAGUUCCUUAAUUUCCAUCCCUCCACGGGACCAUCUUGUGCUUUUUUUUUUACGUCUUUUUAAAAAAUUAUUUCCCAAGCGCAGUCGAGCCUUAUUGACAUAAGUAUGAUGAUUAUUAUCGUUUAGUCAGCAAUACCAAAGUACAUAAAUUUUCCUUUUCAAGCUUGAUGAUGAUAUAUUAGAAAUCCCAAAUAUACUACAGCACUAAAUGAGAAGUAUGUAAAUAACAUAUAGAGAAAUAUUAAACUACAGUCUAUAUUGAAGAAAGAGAUAUUUAUGUGCUCAAGAUGUAUUUAAGGUGGAUGAUGAAGGGAAAGCAAUUUGCACAGCGUGCAAAAUAGCAGACGAUAUUUUGAAAGCGAUUAUAGCUUCAAGUCGAACUGUGAAGUUUUUCGGACGUACGUUUGCGCUUUAGAAGUAUUCCAAAAAAGGGGCAAAGAGUGCAAUCUGGUGCCGAAACAUUUCGUGGCGUGACGGGCGAGUGCUAAUAUGUCAAAAAUGUCAAUUUCUUAACUGUGGUUGCCUUUCAUGCACGUAGACGGUCAUUUUCUUAUUCUGUCAUUGAUGCAACAAUAAAAUGUUGAAAAACGCAACGUCAUUGGCAUGCGACAAUAAAACGUUGAAAAACGUCAUUGGCAUGCGACAAUAAAAUGUUGAAAAACGCCAACGUCAUUGGCAUGCGACAAUAAAACGUUGAAAAACGCAACGUCAUUGGCAUGCAACAAUAAAAUGUUGAAAAACGCAACGUCAUUGGCAUGCGACAAAAUGUUGAAAAACUCCGUCAUUGGCAUGCGACAAUAAAACGUUGAAAAACGCAACGUCAUUGGCAUGCGACAAUAAAACGUUGAAAAACGCAACGUCAUUGGCAGAAAGUUAAAACAAAAAAAAAGCUGGGGUUUCUCAACUUUUUGUUGUCACGGGGAGAAAUAUUAAACAAACAACUUGUGUGUGUGUGUCCCCAAAAUGAUUGUGGCCACAAAAUAGAGAAGACGUGCGCACGUUGUACUCCUUGGUUCACCCCGACCUCCGCAAGUUGUUCAUCGGAAUGACAAUUUAAAAGUCAAAUAUCGCAACUCGAGGCCAGUUAUGCUUGUUCUUGUUGUUUGUCUGCCAAAAUAUUUCUACUUGGCAGGCAUUUUUAUUUUUUAUUUUUUGGUAAGACCAUCUUGUUCCUUGAAAAUCGUAACUCGUUUAAAAAAAUCUUAACUUAUUUACUGGUUCUGGGUAAGUUUCACUUUAAAUUAGCUAUUUCCAGCCAAGCAAGGUCUAAGCGUGCACGUGUUCUCUCGCGCGUUUUUAAUUUCGUCUUUUUUUGAGUCGGUGUGGCAACUUUGUGUGUUACCAAAUGCGUGUUGUCGUAUUUUGUUCGAUUUCUUCACACCGACGCUGCACUUGUGACUGCUAAUUUCAACGAAGGGUUUACAAGAGGUUGAAAAAGAUUACGCGUUGUCGUGACGCGCGCGCACACGACAAUUGUCGCUGCUGCUUUGUGACCACCUGUCGGAAGUUUGCGGGUGCGAUUUUCACACGGUGACGUGUUAUUUGUGCGCGCGUUGUUGCAGGCUGGAUCGACGACUGACUUGUGUUUGUAUUGUACAUGUGGAACGUUGUUGAAUAAAUCCUAUACAAUAUAUCAAGA